AGAACAAGUGAGUCGAUUAGAUCUUACUGCAAGUAAACUCUAUAAACAUUGAUCAAAGAUACGAACAGGAUGGCAGCUGAUGACAGUUCCCCGGUUCGAAUCUUCGCUUGGGUUGUCCCAAGAACCAUAUCCACGGCCCUCACCAAGUGUUUGAGUAACAUAGAAGGAAUGGAAAUUUGGUUUGAAUCUUUCACCUACGCUCAAUUCGUAAGGCAAGGGUACGAGAACAAGACCGGAAAUGAAAUGCCUAUGGAAUACGAAGGUCAUGAAGACACAGCACGGGAAGCUGCUGAACUCUUCAUGGCGCGUUUACAAGGAUCGAGACUCGUCCCAGAAAGAGUGGUAUUCGGUAACCUGAUGAAAGAGUUCCAGGCAUCCAGUAGCAAGUACAUCUUUGCGAAGGAAGGGUAUCUCGCUUUCCCCGACAAGCGAUCACGUCAGUACAUACCACCUGGAUUCAAGCAUGUUUUUCUCAUACGGGAUCCUGUAGCUGUGUUCACCUCCUACAGGAAAAAUUCCUAUCAAGAGUUGACGAGAACCGGCGUGAGAACUGGUGAUCCCGAAGACGAAGAGGCGUAUGACAUCGAAAACGACGACACGAUCUUGAAUGCGGGCGAAUUCUUCAGCGGAACCGUGGAAUGUUUUCGGUUCGUCCGUGAAAACUUGGAUCCCAACCCGAUCGUCAUCAACUCUGAUGAUCUGUUGGCCAACCCUGCUGAGGUGCUGAAGAAGUUCUGUCACCUGACCGGUCUUCCCUACAGUGAUUCCCUUCUCCAAUGGGAUGCCUCUAAAGAUGUCACCAAGACCUGGAAGACAGCUGGCAAUGAGUCCAUCCUGAACCAUAUCUUCUAUGAAACGGCAGUCACAUCCGGGAGGUUUCUUCCACCUAAAACAACAAUUCCUUCAGACAAGCUACCACCAGAUGUCAAAAGGCUAGCGCACCAGUCCAUGCCAUACUUUGAAGAAAUGAAUAAAUUCAAAAUAUAAAUAUGAUCUUAAAUUCCUUUAACGGAACGUAUCAAAGGAAAAGCCCACCCCAACAAAAAAUUGAUUUGAAUAAAAAGAGAAAAAUCCAUGUGUGGACCAGACCUUUAACAUGUUUAAUGUUCCGUUCAGAUAAACGC